AUCGAUGUAGUGUUGAAAGCCGGUGAGGACAAAAUCACAAUAACAUGGUCCCUAAACCAGACUGUGGCACUAGGAAGCGAUUCAUCUUACAAAACCGUAAACAUCAAGCUAUGUUACGGUCGUAUAAGCCAAGUGGACCGGCCAUGGAGAAAAACAGUGGACGAUCUUGACAAGGACAAGACAUGUCAACACAAAGUAGUUUCCAAACCAUACUUGUCUAACAAUAAUUCCCUCAUAUGGAUGAUACCGAAAGAUGUUCCAACCGCAAGUUACUUUGUUAGAGUUUACGCCAACAAUGCUGAUGAUGAACCGGUUGGGUAUGGUCAGACGGAGAAUGUGUUUGAGAUACAGGGGAUCAGUGGUCGCCAUGCUACGCUUGAUAUUGUCUCCGCCUGCUUUUCUGCAUUGUCGAUUUUCUCUCUUUUUGGAUUCUUCUUCUUGGAGAAGAAAAAGGCUAGAGCUAGAGCUGGAGUUGGUUUAGAACAGAACAAGUGA